AUAACUGUAAUUUAUCCAAAACAAAACGUGCUCUACCACCUCCGUGCAGACCGCCCCCGUCGGAUCGACACUGUCGAAGUUUCUCUAUAUAUCCAUCGUCGCCGAAGUUUCUCCCAGGUCUUUUCGACUGUCGUACCUGAGCGUCAGCCACCGUACUUCCCGAUGGUUACUGUCACCUAGAUCUUGUCAGUCGUUCACCGAGGGGAGGACCUAUUUUGGGUCCCCAUAUCUCAAAAUUCUAGCUCCCGGGCCAACCAGUCCCCCCACUGUUACUUCCAAAAAGAGCAGCCGGCCACCAUCAGUGGAAUAAACAGGUUCAGGUAAAGGGAUGGGCAAUAAAAGCAAGAAGACUCACGUGCAGCAGACCUCUUCUUCUUCAUCCCCUUUGAGUUCUGAAUCUUCUGAUGACUCAGAAUUGUACUCAAAGCGGUGGCACCGACACCGGAAAGACCGGGAAAAAAGUGAUGGUAGUUCUAGGAAACAGCGAGGGAGGAAAAGAGAAAGGGAAGAGACGAGGAGAAAGAAGAGAGAGAGAAGGGACAAAGAAAGGGAGAGAAAGAAAAGGAAAUCAAGAGCAGAGUAUAAGAAGAAGGAUAAGAAGAAGAGGAGGAGGGGUUAUGAAUCUGAGUCCUCAUCUGCCUCCAAGUCCGGGUCUGAGUCGGAUUCUGAGUCAGAGAGAUCAGAGGUCGAGCCUCAAGCAGUUGUGAAAGAAAUGUUCAGAGAGUUCCCUACAGUUGGGAAUGAUUUAAAACAGCUUUUGCAAAUGAUUGAUGAAGGGCAAGCAGUUGACAUAAAGGGCAUAUCAGAAAAAUCUUUGAUAAAGCAUUUGAAGAGGCUCUUCUUUUCCUUAAAUCUCAAAGAAAAUGGAGAUGGAGUUUUUCUACUACCUUUAGAUGCUUGUCCUACAUUGGAUGUUAUUGAACCCUUGAUUCGGUGUCGCAUAGAACCUAAGGAACAGCAACUUGAUGAUGGUGUAAGUAAGAAAGAUGUGCAUCAGUUACCAGUUGAUGUGGGAUGUAAACAAGUGACAGAUAGCAAUACUGAAUCACAUACAACUGAGGAUUCCUUUGCUCCAAGAAGAAGGAUGAUUGGUCCUGAAAUGCCAUCAGCUGAGCUACUUGCUGCAGCAGCCAAAUUAACAGAGGCCCAAGCUGAGCUUAGGUAUCUUUUAACGGGGAAGAAGAAUAAAAGAGACACUCAUCAAAACUUUCCAUGUUUACUUCAUCAGGUCACUCGAAUUAUGGGAGUUGAAGCUGAUUGUCCAUAUGAAAUUCUGGGAACAAACAGAAAUAUGUCUGCUGAUAAUAUAAAGAAAAAAUAUUGGAAGUUGUCUCUUUUGGUGCAUCCAGAUAAAUGCUCUCAUCCUCAGGCCCACCAAGCAUUUAUUUUGUUGAAUAAAGCUUUCAAAGAACUACAAGAUCCAGAUAGGCGAAAAGCAUUGGAUGAGAAAAUUAAGCUCAAGGAAGAACAAGAGGAAUUUAAGGCUGAGUUGCAAGCAAUGCAAGAAGCUGCAAAAUGGAGAAGAUUGCAAGGUAUAUCAAUGGAGGGUGAUGAUGAACUCCUGGCAACCAUGGAAGUUAAAGUGGCACCACAAAGGGAUGAAUGGAUGACAACAUUGCCUCCUGAGCGGCAACCUGGUGGUGUCACCACACAGACAACAAAAUUUAGCAAGAGUUAUAAAGGACGUGGUGAUACUAGUGUCUGGACUGAUACUCCUUCAGAAAGAGCCCAAAAGGCAAAGAUGAAUUACCUAGAAGCAUAUAAUGAGGCUGCGGCACUUGCUUCCAAUGAAGAGGAAAGUAGAAGAAGUUCAGAUGCAGAUUUGGUGGAUAAAUAUAACAAAGAAAAAAGGUCAAAAUCAUUGGUCGAAAAACACCAAGAGGAAGCUUCAGGGCGUGCAAAGAAAAAAUCAAGACAGCCACCAGAGAAAGAGGAAUGGGUAGGGCAGCAUCCAUGGAAGCCUUGGGAUCGUGAGAAGGACCUAGUUGCUGGGAGGCAAAACAUAAAAUUUGAUGCAGAAAGCAUGUCUCAAGGCUUGGCUUCUAGGUUUUCAUCGGGAAACUUUCAGAGGAACUUCCUUUAGGACAGUUUGUUGAGUUUUGGCAUCCUAUUUGGAUCACGUAGGUGACACUCGUGUAUGCUUCUAUCGCUUUUCUUGUUCCCACUGUUUUCUUCCCCUUUUUGGCAACAAGACUGGAAGAGGCCUACUCUUCUUUGUAUCAAAUAUAGCAUAAGAUAGUUUUACAAAAAUAAGAUUUUUUAUUUACAAAAACCUAAAAAGGUGAAUUUUUAAA